AUGAAACCGCAAAGCUCCGUCCGGCUCCUUCUCGCUCUCGUCGCAACGAUCGAGGUGUCGCCGGCGCCUACGAGGGAUUUUGAAUUAAUACCAUUCAGGAGUAUCUGGCAAAAUGUCGGGGUGCGCGGCUUCUACGGGCCGUGGAACAUCUUGGUGAAGCGAAACGGGGAUUACGUCGAUUACGCCGAUUACGGCGCCUCGAUCGAGCAGUACCAGCCUAAUUUGCCGGAGUUGCAGUACAGCGACGUAUCGAUAACCGACGAGGUGGUGCCUUCGGCUUACGAUAACGUCCUGUCAAAACUUAAUACGGCGCUCAGCUCGGUCGGCCUCGCCGAUUUCCGCAGUGGAAUUCGCACCGGUGAUUGGAUCGACCGAAAUACCGAUGGCCCGGUGCAGAAGGAGCAAGGAUAUCGGGAGGAUAUUGAUUCCCAGGAAGUCGACGGAGAUACCGUGGAGGCCGACGACGACGACGACGACGCGACGACUCCGGACGCGGCGGACCAGAAGGAAAUUUUGUGA